AUGCGCCGCCUUCUCCCGCCGCUCGCCGUCCACCCGCCGCCAUGCCUCCCAGCACCUCCUCCAGCCUCCGCCGGCGGAAGCGCCCUCGCCUUCCCGGAGUUGAUUCCGCUCCUGGAGCGGGCCAUCUCCACGGGGGACGUGCUCCGUCUCGGCCGCACUGUGCACGCGCACCUCGUCAAGACGGCGCUCACCAGCCAUACGCUCCUGUCCAAUCGCCUCGUCGCGCUCUACUCCCCGCUCCCGUCGCCGGCCGCUGCGGUCGCGGCCUUCGACGACCUUCCACACAAGAACGCGCACUCCUACAACACGCUUCUCGCCGCGCUCUUACGCAUGCCGGGCACCCUCCCCGACGCCCUCCACCUGUUCGACACAAUGCCGGCCUACUCACGCAACCUCGUCUCCUAUAACACCCUCAUGUCGUCCCUCGUGCACCACGGGCGGCAGGUGGAGGCGCUCCGCGUGGUUGCCCGGCUGGCCAGGGACAGGUUCUUGGGGCCAGGGUUGGCCAUGGAUCGGUUCACGGUGGUCAGCGUGGCGACUGCAUGUGCGGGAAUCAGAGCUGCGAGGCCGCUGCGGGAAAUGCAUGGCGCGGUGGUGGUAUCAGGGAUGGAGUUGACCGUCAUCAUGGCCAAUGCCAUGGUGAACGCCUACAGCAAGGCUGGGAGGGUGGAGGAUGCGAGACAUUUGUUCAAUCAGGUCAGCAUCCGAGACAAUGUCACUUGGACGUCGAUGAUUUCUGGGUACUGCCAAGUGAAGAAGCUCGAUGAGGCAGUGCAGGUGUUCGAUAUGAUGCCAGAUAAAGAUAGGGUUGCAUGGACAGCACUGAUUUCUGGGCAUGAGCAGAAUGGAGAGGAGGACACCGCUCUUGAGCUGUUUGAACGGAUGCUGGCCGACGGAGCAUCUCCAACGCCUUUUGCAUUGGUGUCAGCUUUGGGUGCAUGUGCCAAACUUGGGCUUGUCACACGGGGGAAGGAAUUGCACUGCUUCAUCUUGCGACAGAGCAUUGGUUCUGACCCUUUCAACAUUUUCAUCCACAAUGCACUCGUUGGCAUGUACUCUAAGUGUGGGGACAUGACGGCUGCCAUGGCAGUGUUCCACAGGAUGCCUGAGAGGGACUUUAUCUCUUGGAACUCCAUGGUCACCGGGUUCUCGCAUAAUGGCCUGGGAAAGCAGUCACUUGCUAUUUUUGAGGAGAUGCUGGCAGCUGGAGUCCGUCCAACCCAUGUCACUUUCCUGGCUGUCCUCACGGCCUGCAGCCAUUCGGGUCUAGUAUCUAAUGGAUGCCUCAUUCUCGAAUCAAUGGAGGACCAUGGUAUUGAACCAAGGGCUGAACACUAUGCUGCCUUCAUUGAUGCUCUUGGUCGGAAUCGGCAGCUGGAAGAAGCAACUGAGUUCAUCAAAGAUUUGCCAUCCAGGAUCGGUCCUGGUACAGCUGGGUCCUGGGGAGCUCUCCUAGGUGCAUGUCGCCUUCAUGGAAAUAUCGAGCUUGCAGAGGAAGUGGCAGAGUUUCUCUUCAAGUUAGAGCCCGGGAACAGUGGUCGGUAUGUCAUGUUGUCAAACAUCUAUGCAGCUGCAGGACAGUGGGAUGAUGCACGUCGAGUCAGGGGGCUCAUGAAGGAGAAGGGCCUUAAGAAGGAUCAGGCUUAUAGUUGGAUUGAGGUGCGGAGUGCAAAGCAUGUAUUUAUUGCUGAUGACAUGUCUCAUUGCGAUGCAAACGAGAUAUAUGAGAUGUUGGGCAAGCUUCUCGACCAUAUGAGCAUAGCAGAGGAUCCUACCGAACACCAGCUUAAUUUUUGCUGA